AUGCUUGAAUUUUGCGUUGAAACGGUGGAAGCAGUGGCUUGGGUUGACGAAGGAAAUUGGAAGGAGUGGAUAGAAAAAUGGGAAUUGGAGAUUCGUUGUGAAGAAGGGAAUGGUGUGGGGUUUUGUUUGGAGAGUGUUUUGGAUUGGUUGAGUGCAGUGUUCAGUGACUCGCGAGUAAGGAAGAAAGUUGAGUUUGUGUUGUGUAAUCGUGUAACAGAGAAGCUGCAGACUUUGUUAUUGUCACGUGGUUGCUACAUAACCAUCAUGUUAACCUUUCUUGUCUUCCUUAUUCUGCAACACAACUUUGACUCAAUUGAAGCGUCAAGGAACAACAUUCAGAUAACACCAACAAUACCUCGGAGUCCACAAGCUCCUUCAGUUUUUUGGAAUAAACCAAACAGUGAUACCAUUGGAGGUGGUAGUGAUGCCUACCGCCCCACCAGUCCCGGUCAUAGCCCUGGUGUAGGGCAUGAAAUUCCACCACAAACCAAUUAA